AUGGUGGCAGUGCCUGCUCUGUGGCCCUGGGGAGUACACUUGCUUAUGAGCCUGCUGUCCUUGGGAUCUGGCCUGGACACACUAGAGGUGUGCCCUAGCCUGGAUAUCCGCUCUGAGGUGACCGAGCUUCGUCGGCUGGAGAACUGCAGCGUGGUGGAGGGCCACCUGCAGAUCCUUCUCAUGUUUGCUGCCACUGGAGAGGACUUCCGAGGCCUCAGCUUCCCGCGCCUUACCCAGGUCACAGACUACCUGCUGUUGUUCCGAGUCUAUGGCCUGGAGAGCCUUCGAGACCUCUUCCCUAACCUUGCUGUGAUCCGAGGUGCACGCCUCUUCCUGGGCUAUGCCCUCGUUAUCUUUGAGAUGCCGCACCUGCGGGACAUUGGGCUGCCAUCGCUUGGGGCCGUGCUGCGUGGGGCUGUGCGUGUGGAGAAGAACCAGGAACUCUGCCACCUCUCCACCAUUGACUGGGGCCUGUUGCAGCCUGUGCCUGGCACCAACCACAUUGUGGGGAAUAAGCUGGGCGAGGAGUGUGCUGACGUGUGCCCUGGUGUGCUGGGUGCUGCUGGUGAGCCCUGUGCGAGAACCACCUUCAGUGGACACACUGACUACAGGUGCUGGACCUCCAGUCACUGCCAGAGAGUGUGUCCCUGCCCCAGUGGGCUGGCCUGCACAGCCCACGGCGAGUGCUGCCACGAUGAAUGUCUGGGGGGCUGCAGCCAACCUGAAGACUCUCGAGCCUGUGUGGCUUGUCGCCACCUCUACUUCCAAGGAGCCUGCCUCCGGACCUGCCCUCUGGGCACCUACCAGUAUGAAUCCUGGCGCUGUGUCACCUCUGAGGUCUGUGCUCAUCUGCGUGAGGUGCCUGGCCGCACCGCCACCUUCGGCAUCUACCAGGGCAGCUGCCUGGCUCAGUGCCCUCCAGGCUUCACCCGCAACAGCAGCAGCAUUUUCUGCCACAAGUGCGAGGGGCUGUGCCCCAAAGAGUGCAAAGUUGGCACAAAGACCAUCGACUCUGUCCAGGCCACACAGGACCUGGUGGGCUGCACCCACGUGGAAGGAAGCCUCAUCCUCAACCUUCGCCAAGGCUACAACCUGGAACCCGAGCUUCAACACAACCUGGGGCUGGUGGAGACCAUCACCGGCUUCCUCAAAAUCAAGCACUCUUUCGCACUCGUGUCCCUGGGCUUUUUCAAGAACCUCAAACUAAUCCGGGGAGAUUCCAUGGUGGAUGGGAACUACACACUCUACGUGUUGGACAACCAGAACCUGCAACAGCUGGGGUCCUGGGUGACUGUGGGGCUCACCAUUCCUGUGGGUAAAAUGUACUUCGCCUUCAACCCACGCCUCUGCAUGGAGCACAUAUACCAACUGGAGGAGGUGACGGGGACCAGAGGACGGCAGAGCAAAGCUGAGAUCAAUCCCCGCACCAACGGAGAUCGCGCUGCCUGCCAGACUCGCACUCUGCGCUUCGUGUUCAACCUGACUGAGGCAGACCGCAUCUUGCUGCGCUGGGAGCGCUAUGAACCCCUGGAGGCCCGGGACCUGCUCAGUUUCAUCGUCUAUUACAAGGAGUCCCCAUUCCAGAACGCCACAGAACACGUGGGUCCAGAUGCGUGUGGAACCCAGAGCUGGAACCUGUUGGAUGUGGAACUACCCCUCAGCCGUACCCAGGAGCCAGGGGUGACCCUAGCGCCCCUUAAGCCCUGGACACAGUACGCUGUGUUUGUACGAGCCAUCACACUGACCACUGCGGAGGACAGCCCGCAUCAAGGAGCCCAGAGCCCCAUCGUCUACCUUCGAACUUUGCCUGCCGCCCCCACGGUGCCCCAAGAUGUCAUCUCCACGUCCAAAUCCUCUUCACACCUUCUGGUGCGCUGGAAGCCGCCGGUCCAGCGCAAUGGAAAUAUCACCUACUACCUGGUGCUGUGGCAGCGCCUAGCAGAGGACGGUGACCUCUACAUCAAUGACUACUGCCACCGCGGUCUACGGCUGCCCACCAGCAGCCACGAUGCACGCUUCGAUCGCGAAGACCCGGCGCUGGAGGCUGAGCCUGAGCAAGGCUGUUGUCCCUGCCAACACUCACCUCCUGGGCAGACGCUGCCCGCACUGGAGACACAAGAGGUCACGUUCCAGAAAAAGUUUGAAAACUUCUUACAUCAUGCAAUCACCAUCCCGAAGUCCCCUUGGAAAGUAACAUCCAUUAACAAGAGCCCCCAAAGGGACUUAGAGAGGCACCGCCGGGAAGCUGGGCCUCUUAGACUAGGGACCAACAAUUCGGAUUUUGAGAUUCAAGAGGACAAGGUUCCACGGGAGCGAGCGGUGCUGAGCGGCUUGAGGCACUUCACGGAAUACAGGAUUGACAUCCACGCCUGCAACCACGCGGCACACACUGUGGGCUGCAGUGCCGCCACGUUCGUCUUUGCUCGCACCAUGCCACAUAGAGAAGCGGAUGACAUCCCAGGGAAGGUGGCCUGGAAAGCAGCUGGCAGGAGCAGUGUCAUCUUGCAUUGGCUUGAACCACCUGACCCCAAUGGGCUCAUCCUCAAGUAUGAAAUCAAGUACCGCCGCCUGGGAGAGGAGGCCACAGUGCUCUGUGUGUCUCGGCUUCGAUAUGCCAAAGUUGGUGGGGUACAGCUGGCUCUGCUGCCCCCUGGGAACUACUCUGCUAGAGUCCGGGCCACCUCACUGGCUGGCAAUGGCUCCUGGACGGACGGUGUUGCCUUCUACAUCACUGGUCCAGAGGAAGAGGAUGCUGGGGGACUGCGCAUCCUCCUCACUGUCACCCCUGUGGGGUUCAUGCUGCUCAUCAUGGUUGCUGCCCUCGGCUUCUUCUACAACAAGAGGAGAAACAGCACACUGUACACGUCUGUGAACCCAGAGUAUUUCAGUGCUUCCCACAUGUAUGUCCCUGAUGAGUGGGAGGUGCCUCGGGAGCAAAUAUCCAUAAUCCGGGAGCUGGGCCAAGGCUCUUUUGGGAUGGUCUAUGAGGGACUGGCACAAGGGCUUGAGGCUGGAGAGGCAUCUACACCUGUAGCCCUGAAGACAGUUAAUGAGCUGGCCAGCGCGCGGGAGCGAAUUGAAUUCCUCAAGGAAGCUUCCGUCAUGAAGGCAUUCAAGUGUCAUCACGUGGUUCGUCUGCUGGGUGUGGUGUCUCAGGGCCAGCCAACUUUGGUCAUCAUGGAGUUAAUGAACCGUGGGGACCUCAAGAGCCAUCUCCGAUCUCUGAGACCUGAGGCAGAGAACAACCCUGGCCUUCCACAGCCAGAACUCAGCGACAUGAUGCAGAUGGCAGGCGAGAUUGCGGAUGGCAUGGCCUACCUUGCUGCCAACAAGUUUGUGCACCGGGACCUGGCAGCCCGCAACUGUAUGGUGUCCCAGGAUUUCACCGUCAAGAUUGGUGACUUUGGCAUGACCCGGGAUGUGUAUGAGACAGACUAUUACCGCAAAGGUGGAAAGGGACUAUUGCCUGUGCGCUGGAUGGCCCCCGAGUCCCUCAAAGAUGGAAUCUUCACCACUCAUUCGGAUGUCUGGUCCUUUGGUGUCGUGCUCUGGGAGAUUGUGACCUUGGCUGAACAACCAUACCAGGGUCUAUCAAAUGAGCAGGUGCUCAAAUUUGUCAUGGAUGGUGGGGUACUGGAGGACCUGGAGGACUGUCCGCUUCAGCUACAGGAGCUGAUGAGACUCUGCUGGCAGCCUAGUCCACGCCUGCGUCCGACUUUCCUCCACAUCUUGGAUCGCAUACAGAAUGAGCUUCGGCCCUCUUUCCGGCUCUGUUCCUUCUACUACAGCCCAGAAUGCCAGCGGGGCCAGGCCUCCUUGCUGCCUACUGAGACAGAGCCUGACUCCCCCCCAAAUUCAAAUGGAGCUUCAGACUACAGGCCCCCAAAUAGGGACCCAGGACACUGA